CAUGACUCCCUUGCGGCUCUGGUCAGACGUGAAGUCACGUGUUGUCUGCAGCGCCUCUGUGCUGGCUUUGUGAGGAACGACGCGGAGAUGUUUGGGGUGGACAAGACAGCCGAGAAACACAUGAACAAGUGCAUUUGAGAAGCCAAGAGGCAGGGAGCCAUGCAGAGUCCGACCCAGUCCAACAGCGGCGGAGCAGACCCUGUGACCACUGCCGCCACAGUGCAACCACUGGACACUGAGACUGGAGCUCAGCCGGCACCGGGUCAACCGGAUGCACAGGAAGAGGGGAACACAUCAGCUGCUACUGCUGGGACUGAAAGAGUAGACACGCCACAGGAGAAUGGGACAGGGGUGCAACCAGCAGAAGCACCAAGUAUGGCAGUCACACACGUAGUGGAGAAGGAGCCUGCUGCAGGGCCACUGACGGAGCCCUCAGUUCACACUGCGGGGAUGGAGACGGACUCUGCUUCAAAGCUCAGUGUCCCUGCAGAACCGACACCUGACACGAAUGCGAGUCCUGGGUGCGAUGGUAAAAAGGCAAAGAAACCGGAUAAAGGUGUAUGUGAUGGUAGGAAAUACGUUCCUUCCAAGAAGGCCAUGGUAGAUCCUCUAAAGAUGGACAUGUCCAAACCACUGCUUAUGCCUCUCACGUCCUCUCAGCUCUCCCUGCAGUGCAUCGAGUGCCACAUAAUCUUCAGCGAUCACAAGAGCAAAGAGCGCCACCUGAAGUUGAGCCACCCAGCAGAAUACGAAGAGUGCAUACUGAGGAACGCCAUGUUCGCCUGCUACGUAUGCGACCGCCAGUUCACAAACUCCACAGAGCUCAUGGUCCACCAGAAAGCCCACACAGAGAAGAAACCCUUCAAGUGUCCAAUCUGUGGCAUUGCCUUCAACAAGUCAUCAGAGCUCACCCUUCAUAAAAAAAUCCAUUAUGGCCAGGACGGUUAUGCCUGCACCGACUGUGGCAAACCUUGCAAAACGAUGACAUUGCUGAAGUAUCACCGCCGCACACACACUGGAGAGAGGCCGUAUGUUUGCAAGGAGUGUGGAAAGAGGUUCACAAUGUCCAAAGCUCUGCAGAAACAUGCGGUCUCACACUUGCCAGAGGGAGCUGAAGGAGAUGGCGUCGACACCACAGCGAAAGCAAAACUGAAGAAAGAUGAUGGUGCUUCUAACAUAAAGUAUCCUUGUUCUGUAUGCAAGGCCACUUUCAAGAGUACCAAGACACGGCUACAUCACAUGAAAACCAAGCACAACGGGCUGCCUGCUGCAGCCGGUAAAGCCCUCUCAGCUGGGCAGCAAGUGAAACUAAAUAUGCCCAUCAUAACUCCAAUAUCUAUUUGCCAACCAGCACUACUACAGGUGGGGCCACAUGGACCUCUGCAAAAAGUGGAUGCCAACAUUGACACGGAGCAGAUUCGCAGACUUAUUGAGUCCUUAGGAAAUGUGCAGAAAGUAAACCAAGUUGUAAUAUUGGGGCAGGUGCCACCUAAUGCCCCACCACUGGAAGUGCAGCAGAUAUUACAACUGGCAGAAACAACGAAUUUGAAUCUCUACCCACCGCACAUCGAUUUUAUAGGACUGCAACAAACGGAAUCUAAGAUAGUUGAAAUGGACCCUUCAAACAACUCAAUUGAUUUAAUGGAGCAAACAAUUAUACUGGAACCUAUUACGCCAGAUGGGCAGUUGGAAAACCCAUCUUUCUCAGACCUAGGUUCCCACAUCGUAGUAGGUGAAAAUAUAGAGCUAACGCUCGUUCAGACUGAACAUGCAGAGAGACCCGAGGACGAGGGUAUUCAUCAGAUCCUUCAACAGCCCGAUAUUGGUGCAAUUCAGUCUGAUCCUGUGGAGGAAAUUAUUUGUCAGAGCGAGGUAGAGCAAAACCUUGAGCAAACAGUCAUAUUAGAACUUAUACCAACUGUGGAGCUAGAACAAUCCCAAACCAUGCCAUAUAAUGAAAUCCCGUCUUCCUGUCUGGUACCAACCACUGACCUGGAAAAGACUGCAGAUCAGACUGUAUUGGAGGAGCAGGAGACCAGCCUGUCAGCUCCACUACUUAUGACUACAGUUGAGCUGGAGCUGACACCUUUACAAGCGGAGCAACAGGGCCCUGCUUCUUGCCCUUUUGUUCCACCAGACACGGUCACACAAACUACAAGUGAAUCUGAAACUAAUCUCAACAAAGAGAUUGAUUCACAGAUGCAAACAGUAAGUCUAGAUCAGGGCCACCCUGUGGUGGAUGGAGAUGCACCACAAGAGCCAGAAGAAAAAGCUGAACAAGAACCAUCUAAGAAAUUGCUGGUAGAUAGCGAGGAGAGUCGGGAGCCGGUGGAGAACAAGUCGGAAGUAGAGGAUCCACCUGCUGAAGAAGAGGUUCCAUCACACUUGGAGACCAAGCAGGUGCCACAGAUGUCAGAGUUACCAGUAAAUAUAAUGUCGGCACAAGAACUGGUUAAAGUGCGGAAAAGAAAGCCAACCAGGGCUGUUAUCUGUCAAGGAUAUAUGCAAGAACUGGUCGGAUCCAUUAGCAAGGAUGAUUUCCAAAUCGAUGCCACACCUGCCAAACGGCAAAAAACUAAAAAGUCUCGCCUUGUUGUUAAAUUUGGUCCACAAAGCAAAGAGAAGAAAAACAAACAGAAGAAGACAUCACAGCAGCAUCAGCCAACGCAGGAAGAAGGAGUAAGAGGUAAAACGCCACCAACAAAUCUCUCAGAGAAAGAGGUAGCGUCACAGAAGAAGGGAAGAAAGGGGAAAAGGGACAAGAAAUUGGGACAUUUGGUAUGUAAUUCUGAAAUAAAAUCACCGUCAUCAACCAAGGACCCACAAGUGCAACAAAUCAAAGGGAAUAAAAUGAAAAAGCAAAAAGAAGUGGCCAGGGAGGGGGUUACGCUCACAAGUGAGCACAAAACUGUAGCCUUGUCUGUAUUUAAAAAGAAAAGACAAACAAAAAGAAUGCAAAAAGAUCAGCCCAAGAAAGCAAAGGAUGUGAAGCGAAAGAAAAACAUGUCAAAACAGGAAAAAGUCAACACAAAAACCAGCACAGCUUCAGCAGACUUCCCUGCACCACAGAUAACGCAAGACGCUCUACUUCUACUGAAAGGACAUAAACAGCCUCAACUGAAAGUUUACAAGUUAGACCCUUCAAAAGCAUCAGGCCAGACACAGGAGGCUUCACCUCAUGAUGCCCAAACAACCUCCCAAGAGAGUAAAGGUAAACAUUCAACAAGUGAGUCUACAAAUAAUCUUACAGCGGACGGGAAGAAAAAAGGAGGAAGACCCAAAAAGAACCAGAAAGCUCUUUCCUUGUUGUCCUCAUUACAAGUUUCCCGUCAAACGCCUGAGACGCUGCCCACCAAACCAAAGACCACCAGGAAACGUAAAGCCUCUUCCAAAGUGGAGACUGAAGGAGUGAUAACUUCUAAUUCUAAGCGUGCCUUGGAGUGUAAGGAGUGUGGGCAAAGAUUUAGCGACGUCUCGUCCCUACAGAAGCACAAGGCGGUUCACAUCGUGGAGAGUCCCGGUCUCACUUACACCAAUGGCAACAUCUUUGAAGGCGUCUCCAGGUUGGAUCUUUACCAGCUUCCAAAACGGAACGAGAAGGUUGUUGGAGUGAUGAAUGCUGCUUCAGACUGGGACACUGAGCCUGAGCUUGCAGAGAUGGCAUUAGAGGGCAGAGAGCAAAGUGUCUCCUUUCCGGCUUUGAUUCCAUCCCCAUCUUUACCCAUUCCUUCUUCAGAUGUUGAAGUGAGUGCAUAUGACAAUAAGGCUGAAGGUAAAAGGGAAGCAGAUUAUCAAUCUCAUACCUCCGCUGAAGUUCAUUCGCCAUCUGAUCAAGGGAAAAACAGUGAGACCCCUCCAAAUUUCACAUCUGAACCCCCUUUAAGUACCUCUACUCAGACAAAGAGUUCAGAAAUGGGAGAACCUUCGGCGUCAGAUGCGGACAAGCAAGAAGACGGUACUCCGAGAAAUCCCAGCUCAGAAUCUCAAGGUCAGUUUACCACGGAUGAAGACAUUAAGGAGGAUUUACUUCUCGAGGUAGAUUUAGUCACUGUUGGGGAGCAGAAUGAGAGAGAUGAACCAACCUCUCAUGAAGACAUUGUUCCCCAAAAUAAAUCAAGUGGAAUUUGCAAUUCUGUGAGUGAAAGCACUGACAAGCUUCCUGGGCAAGUUGGUAUCGAAACAACAACUGGAAAAAGUUUAACUUCGCAGACUGUGUCAUGCUCCACUCAUCAUGUGGAGAUCAAAGAAGAAGAGGAGGAAGAACUGUUAGUCCAGAAGAAAAAAGAAGGAGGGAAAGGAGCUGUUCCGAUGAAUGCUACAAGUGGUAGGAGAAGAGGAACAGGGCGUUUAAAACGAGAUGUGAUAUCUAAGAGAGCUUCAGUCGGAGAUACUAUCAGAGGAACGGAAUCGGUGAAAGAACAGGAUGAGUGUCAGGUAGUUUACGAAGAAUGUCACAUUAGCUCUGAUUCAGAAGUGAAUGACGAAGGUGAGACUGGCACAAAGACUUCACAGACAGAGACCAGUACUGAGGCCAACCAAGCCACUGCUCCAACUGCAUCUUUGCCUAAAGAGAAAGUUGUGUUUGAGCUGGAGUCCGUUACCACUAGUGUUGAGGAGGUAAGGCAUCUAAGAGGACUGCAGGGAGGAGAGGAACACAACAAUGGGUCUGACCAGUCUCCAGGCAUCAUACUUGAGAAGGUCCUCACCUCUAGACAGAGAGCGACUGCUGACAAGGAGACGUGCCAGAUGACGGCGAGCAACAGUCACAGACAGGGUUUGGACAGCAUUGCGGCCCUCGGGAGCCAGGAGAUCAAGGUUGAAGAGAAUAUCUCAGAUCCACCGCUGGUUGCACUCACCUGUCAAAACAGACAGAGUGCAAGUGUGCAGCCACAGCACCAUCCUGAUAUAAGGACCGUUCUGGUGAAGGAGGAGAGCAGCCUCGUGCUGCAUGAGGCGACGCAAGGCAGCAGACGCAUCCGAUGGAAUGUGGAGCAGGUCGACAUUGAAAACUCCUCCAGUCCAUUAAUGGAGAGUGGAGAGACAACGAGGGACGAGGGCUGCAUCACCCCAGAGUUCAACACCAACCAGUGUAUCUUCUACCCAGUGAAGGAGGAGGAGAGGGAGGUUCUACUUGGAGCUGUUCAGACCAACGCUGAGAAUUUAACAACGGAAGCAUCCAGUGAAGCCCAGCAGACAGAACAUCAAGAAACCGAUAGUAAUUCAACUGUGGCAGACACUGAGUGUCAGCAUCCACCAGACCUCCGGGACUUUCUCCUCCAAAGUUCUGAUGAAGAGGACGUGGGCGGUUUUGAAUUUUCUGAUCCACAGCUUGACUCAGAAGCAGAAGUAAUGGCCUAUUUCUACAAGAAUCAAACAAACGGCACACAACGGCCAGAUGAGCUGUCACAAAAUUUGCCAACUACAACGAGCCAGUUCCAAGCACUCGGAGAGGAAAACAGGACCAGAGAGCCCAUUGACUACUUCUCCAGUUAUUUUGGUUGGGAUACCUGGGUAGAAAUUGCCAACUGCACAAAUAAACUCUCCAACAUGACCAAAUUUGUCACAGCCAGAGAGGUUGCACAGUUUGUCGGGAUCCACAUAGCAAUGGGAACUUUAAAGUUUCCUAGUCCAAGGCUCUAUUGGGAGGACUUGACUAAGGUGCCCUUGAUUGCUGAGGCCGUGCCACUUUCCCGUUUCCUCGAGCUGUCUCGCAUGUUGAAACUCGCCUCUCCUGCGAAAGAUCCAGUCAACAGUAAUGUUCAGGAAGGAAGACAUGAUGGUGACUUUCAAAAUGCACUGCAAGGUAAAACUCCCUCAAGCAGGCAAAGUAAAAUUUGUCAGCAUAGUAACGGGCAAAGACAAAGGGAGGCGCCAAAUGACCUGAACAGUUUGAAAACGCAGACCGACCCGCUGUGGAAGGCUCGGCCAUUAUUGUGCCGUUUCAAAGCAGGAUGCCAGUUGCUGAGAAGAGAGGGGGACUAUGCAGUUGACCAAUAUCCACUUGCUUUGCCUGGGAAGAUGCACAAUAAGAAGCUGUCUCUAAACUGUACAACAUUAAUUGGAUUUGGUGGUUUGCUCUUGCACGUGGAUCUCAAGUUGGGUCUUUCCGGCCAAGAAGAUGCUGUGGAAGAAAUGGCCCCCAAAGGUAGUAUGGUGUUUCUUUGCAAACAGGAACUCUCCACCCCUGCGAUGCUAGAGCGCCUGUUAGUUGCAGGGGUUCAUGGUGCAGGAAGGGUUGGAGGAGCCAGAGGACAGAUCGGAGAUGAGUUCGUAAGCUCAGAUGGGAAGCUGAUGUUACGCAGGUCGCACUGUGGCUUCAUACUUUCGACCGCAGGAAAUGGCCAGAGGAACAUGGCUUCACUCAUUGACAACUUUGAGAAGGCCCAGAUGUUGGCUCAUCUCAACCGAGAUUUGCAGAAUCUUUACUCCAUCCCCCUCACUGCCUCAGCCCCGACCUGCUGGCCUCAAGCGGUGCUCUGGUACCUCACAGAUCUAGCUUUGGUCAACUCCUGGCUCCUAUACCGACAGGAUCACAGGGCAGUGUCUGCACCUUUGACUCUCAUGUCCUUCAGACUGGAGGUGUCGAAGGCUUUGAUCCUCUGUAGCGGCUCUGAUACCCAGGACUCGGUUCCCCCUCACCCCCCCAAAGACAACCCUCAUGCUACAAACGAAACCCCCAAUCCCAGCCUGGUGGAGGAGAGUCCUAUGCCAGAUGCAGCCACACGGUACGAUGGUUCAGGCCACUGGCCGGAGCAGCUCGGAGAGGGAGAAGGGGGCAGGUGUCGCUUUGGGGACUGUCAAAGAACAUCCCGUGUGCUAUGCCUUAGGUGCUGUGUCUUUCUUUGUAUCUCACGCAACCACAACUGCUUUUUGAAUUUCCAUAAUCAAGGGAGUUUGGAAAAAGUGUAGUGUCCACUACAGAAUUUCCCUUAUAUUUUUCAACAUUUUGCUCUCUGAGUUGGAAUGUAACUGUGCUUUUGGUGUAUGAAAACCCAGCUUAUCAAAAAAUACGUUAUCUCCUCUGUCCUGACAACUUUUCCAUGAUGCCUUUCACUGGCAGUGGCACACAUUGUGAAGGAUUAUUUGUACUGCAGUUUAAAAAACAAAUGCUUUGUGAUGUGGCUUAUUAUGGCAUCGAGCAAGUGUAAAAUGAUUUUGCCUUCAGAAGGAAAUGUAAAAAAAUAUGCAUAGCCAUACACUUUGUGCUGCAGAAGAAGCACAAAGUAUGAUUUUAAUAUUUCAAUUACCAUGAUUUUUUUUUUACUAUUUAUUUUAACCUAACUGAAUUUUCAUUCCAUAAUGAGCUUUCUUUUAGAUCUAUGAAUUUAAUUUAUUUAUUUCAGAAAACAAUAAAAGACAGAUGGAAAAAAUACAUGCAUUGUUGCUUUUUUGUUUUUGUAAGACUGUCGAGAAAUGUUGGCACCAUACACCUUUUUCACAAGACAUUUUGAAUUGUUUCUGAUAACAUUAAGUAUGUCUUUGUUCUAUUCAAGGGUCCCAGUAAGCUGUGACAGUGACACUAAGAUUCAACUGACAUUAGGUAACUUUCAUGCAUUUAUCAUACUCUCCAAUGUAGUGAUCCUCUGCAUUUGUGGCGGAAAUCACAGAGAUAGUUUGAGUAGAAGUAACUGAAAAUUGAAUGUAUACACAUACUCUUAUAGAGAGAUAUAUUGUACUACAGGGAUAUGAGUUAACAAAUACGACUGAUAUCAUUUUAGAGAGCAUUGUAGUACAAACAGAUGGUUUGAAGAGUUAGAAAUGGACUUCAAAACGUUGAGAGAAUUUGACUAAGUGAAAGUGAAUUACAAUUUAGACGGUUGAUUGAACGUACAUCUUCUUGUGUACGUUUGUUUGCAGUCCUUGUAUUAUAAACGAGGCUAAUUAUUACAGUGAAUGAAAACAAAGUACUUUUAACGAAGUUGUUCUUGGUCACGUGACGGAGAUCAACCAUAGAAUCAGACUGAAUAGAA